GCGGGCGGGGGCCGUCUCAGGCGCGCCCUCCCCGGCCUCGGCCCAGCGCGCCGUGUGUCCCCGGAGGAGCGCGCUGCUCCCGGCCCGACCGCGGUUCCUUUAACCCUGGAAAGGGAGCGGGGCGGAGGGGGCGGCGGGGCCGCUCAGAGGAGGGCUCUUUCUUUCUUCUUUUUUUGAAUGAACCGUGACGUACUACAGGAAACCAGUCGGUUCGAGCGGAGAAUGAAAUCUCCAGUUGGGAUUCCUACGGACUGACAUUUCUGUGAAGGAGAAGUCUGAGAAUCCAUCUGCCAAUUCUGCUCAUCUACACCACUCCCCCACCUCCAGAUUCAUUUGGAAGUUUCAUAGCAGCUAUCACCGGGAGCUCUGAAGAUCGAUGGGGUCUUUGCCUUACGCAUUUGUUUUGUCUUCACAAAAAAGGAAACUUGACAGAAGAUCAUUGCCGUCCUUAAGAAAUACAAGAUCACGGAGGAAGUAGACUGAUACUGACAAUAAUUGAUAAUAAUGUGCCUCAUGAAAUAAAGAUCCGAAGGGAAUUGAAAUAAGAAUUUCCUGCACCUCAUGCCAAGAGGGAAACACCAGAAUCAAAUGUUCCGCGUGACUGAAGACACCCCCUCAUCCAAGAAUGCACAGCACAUCCAAUAAAAUAGCUGGAUUAUAACUAUUCUUUUUUUCUUGCGGGGACGUGGGGCGGGGGCGGGGGCGAGAGGUGCUCUCGGUACCCGGCUGCUUUUCUCUGCUUUUCCUCGGGGGAAGGAUGGCGCACGCUGGGAGAACAGGGUAUGAUAACCGGGAGAUAGUGAUGAAGUACAUCCACUAUAAGCUGUCUCAGAGGGGCUACGAAUGGGAUGCCGGAGACGCGGGCGCCGCGCCCCCCGGGGCCAGCCCGGCGUCGGGCAUCUUCUCCUCCCAGCCCGGGCGUCCCCCAGCGCCCGCCAGGACCUCGCCGCCGCCCCCCGCCACCCCCGCGGCCGCCGCGGGGCCAGCGCUCAGCCCCGUGCCACCUGUGGUCCACCUGACCCUGCGCCAGGCGGGCGAUGACUUCUCCCGUCGCUACCGCCGCGACUUCGCAGAGAUGUCCAGCCAGCUGCACCUGACGCCCUUCACCGCGAGGGGACGCUUUGCCACGGUGGUGGAGGAGCUCUUCAGGGAUGGAGUGAACUGGGGAAGGAUUGUGGCCUUCUUUGAGUUCGGUGGAGUCAUGUGUGUGGAGAGCGUCAACCGGGAGAUGUCGCCCCUGGUGGACAACAUCGCUCUGUGGAUGACAGAGUACCUGAACCGGCACCUGCACACCUGGAUCCAGGAUAACGGAGGCUGGGACGCCUUUGUGGAACUGUACGGCCCCAACAUGCGGCCUCUGUUCGAUUUCUCCUGGCUCUCUCUGAAGGCACUGCUCAGCCUGGCCCUGGUGGGAGCUUGCAUCACCCUGGGUGCCUAUCUGGGUCACAAGUGAAGGCAACAGGCCUGCCCCAAACAAAUAUGCAAAAGGUUCAUGAAAGCAGUAGAGAUAUAUGCAUUGUUGGGAUGUACCAUGAAACGGAGCUGUGGUCUCUUAAACACAAGCAAACAGCAAACAACAAAAACAGCUUUCAGGCUCCACGUCGAAUCAGCUAUUUACUGCCAAAGGGAAAUACCAUUUAUUUUUUACAUUAUGGAAAAAAGAUUUAUUUAUUUAGGACAGUCCCAUGGAGCAUCCUGUCCUUGGAAAGCCUACUACCAGUCAUUGCCAAGCUCCACCGGUGUGGCUCCACCUGGAUCUCCUGUGCCUAUAAAUGGAUUCGCUUUCCAUGUUGGUGGCUGGGCUGACUCACCAUCUGAAGGGCAAACUGAUGGAGAACAUGACUGUUCCAGAAGCCGGCCUGCUGGCUGCUGGAGGUUUGGAAGAAGGUGUUCAUUUUCCUUGCAUUGAUUUGCCCCCGGGGGCUGUGAUAUUCAUAGAGGGAGGUGCUUGGAGGGAAGUGCAUUCUUUUCCAGCCAGGAGAACCUACACUUUGCAUAUGGCUCACAUGGUACAUGCCUGGUUGGCAGAAAAAAAAAAAAAAUUGGGAACUUCAGAUGGACUUGGCAUCCGCCAAGAUUUCCACACCGAAGGACAGUGGUAGGAAAAAUGCCCUUAACCCAUAGGAAAGUAUUUUUUUAAGCUACCAAUUGUGCCGAGAAGCAUUUUAGCAAUUUCUACAAAAUCAUCCAGUACCUUAAGCCCUGAUGUGUAUAUUCUUAUAUUUUGGAUACGCUCCCUCUCCAAAAACUGGCUCUGUGUGUGAAACAGAAUCCUUGGGAAUGCGAGGAAGUGGACGUCUCGGUGACUCCUUCGGCAUCAGGAAGGCUGCAGUUACAGAAGCAUCAGGCCGCCACAAGUGCCUGCUUUUCCGCAAGAGGCCGCGGUUGGAAGUCCCGCUUGGUCCCGGUUGGGAGGCCUGGUCCUGGAACCGAGCCUGGGCACUCGCUGGCCCGCUCCAUGGAUUUCAAACAGAGGCCUGUGGUCUCCGGCGUCUGGAAGCUGAGGAGUCAGAAUUCCACUGUCAGGAACGAAGAGCAGGCUGGGGCCUGGUACACCAGGCCCGCCAGGCUGGAGGCCCUUUUCCAUGUCGAGUGUGGAGCCUGGAGCCUGGGAACCAGCGCUCCUACGAUGUUUGUCACUGUGCAGGGAAGGAAACAGAGGCACUCUGCCUUUCCUAGCAGAGGGAGGUGGUGAAGGCUGGAGCGCCGCCACCGAAAUGGAACAGCAAAGAAAGGAGGCACGUGCGUGCAGCCCGAGUGCUGUGUGGCCGCUGCGCAUGCAUGCGAGUUGGCUGCGCGGCCACCCACCCGUCUGAGCAGCUUAGAGCAAGGCUUUACGUGACUUAGGGGAGGGUCAUAAAUCCUGAAGGAAGCGUUGGGAUGAAGUGUCAUGGAUUAAUUGACCCAUGUCUGUGGAGUUGCGAUGUAAAACAUUAUCUUGUCAUUGUAGUUUGGUUUUAUUUGAAAACCUGACAGAGGGGAAAAAAGUUCCAGGUGUGGAAUGUGGAGUUUAUCUGUACAUCCUGGGCAUUAAAAAGGAAAAAAAAAAAAAAUAGUGGUGGACAGCUCUAGAGAAGUAGUGAAAGAAGUGAUCUUCAGCUGAUAAACUAGGAGAUAUGUUUUCAAGUUUAGAGAGCCUGAGACACACGUGGCAUAACUGUGGCAUUAUUGCAUUAUAUACCAUUUAUCUGUAUUAACUUUGGAAUGUACUAUGUUCAAUGUUUAAUGCUGUGGUUAAUAUUUCGAAAGCUGCUUUUUUUAAAAAAAAAUACAUGCAUCUCAGCAUUUUUAAAAAUUGUAUUUAGUUAUGGCCUCUACAUUCUUUGUUAGCAAAAAAAAAAAAUGAUCAUUUUUCCAUUUGAGAUUCUUGUCUCUUAAUUGUUUAAAAGCAUUUCUGAGAAGAUGAGCUAAGCCCCGGGUCUCAGCUACGGGAGAAACCCUGGAGCAUGCCGGCCACGGAGUUACGUGCACUCCCAUGACAACAUAAUUGUUUAUUGCAAGGGACAUACCUGUUGUCCCUUUGCCCUUGUUCCUUGAGGGUUUACUUGUCCCUGGACAAAUCAGAAUUUAACUCACAUUAUUUAGGCUUGCAUACAUGUUUGGUUAAACCCAUGAGGUUCAUUCAGUUGAAAAUCUAGAUGGGAAGUGACCAGGGGAUUAAAUUCUGGCUCCGAUGGUUUGACCUUUCGAGAAUUGCUUUCCAUGGCCUGUUUCCACAUAGACUCACCCAGAGCCCUCCUUCCGCAGGGCCCUUUCCCUGGCUGUCCUUCAGGUUUUUCCUGACGUGCAGUGGCCUAUGCCCCAUGCCCCACACCAAGAAAGCAGGAAACCCCAUGGUAUGAAGCCAGACCUCCCUGGCAGGCCUCAGGGAACGAGACGAUCAGACCUUUGAAUGAUUCUAAUUUUUAAGAGAAAUAUUAUUUUAUGAAAGGUUUACAUUGUCAAAAGUGAUAAAUAUGGAAUAUCAAAUCCUGUGCUGCUAUCCUGCCAAGAUCAUCUUAAUGGAGUCAGUUUGCAGUACACUCCAAGUGGCGACAGCCUCCAAGCUGCUUUAGAGUAACAAUGAAGAACAUGGAUGUUUUUAAUAUAGAGUCUGUUUGUCUUUUAUUGUUGUUUUUGUUAUUGUUCAAACUGGGAUUUGCAGAAUAUUCAAAAAAAUGUAUAUAUAUAUUAAAAAACACACAAAAAAAAAAAAACUCCCAGGGGUUGGCCUCUGGCUGGUUUCCUUUGCUGUGGGGUUUUGUUAUCUGGUUUUGAUGGUGAACGUGCCCAGCUGCCUGCCCCCAGAACUGUACAGUAUUGUGGCUGCACUCACUCUAAGAGUAGUUAUGUUGCAUUUUUCUUGUUGUUAAAAACAUGUUAGAAGCAAUGAAUGUAUAUAAAAGCUUCAACUAGU